GACCUGAGAACAGAGGAGCUGAUGGGAAGUCAUGGGAGGGUCUGCAGUGUGUGCUGCGAAUCUGGGCUGGCAGGAGGAGGGUAGGCGGGCUUGGGACCCAGGCCUGCCCCAAGUCCACAUUCCCAGGGCUGGUCCUGCCCUGGGUGGGGUGUUCCCCAUGAUGAUGAGAGGGGCAGGAAGAUGGGCUGUGGCCAGACAUGCCAUUGAAAUGAAUUCAACAGAGUGGUCUUUGAUCUUCUCUGGCCAAGCCCAGUUCUUGGAAGGGAUAAAAGUCAAGGAGAGGAGGGGAAAGCGAGACUUUGAAGGCUUCUCAUCCCUUUGACAUUUUCACUCUUCUGACCCUCUGGCACCAGCACCCACCAUGACUCAACGAUCCUCCAUCACCAUCAAGUCAGGGGGCACUCGGAACUUCAGUGCAUCCUCAGCUAGCCUCCUUCCAGGCUGCCGCGCCAAUUUCAGCUCUGUCUCCAUGUCCCAGGGCAGGAAGAGCUUUGGGGGUGGCUUUGGAGGUGGUUUCGGGACCAGGAGCCUCCACAGCUUUGGGGGUAGUAAGAGGAUCUCCAUCGGUGGGAGCUACCGCUCCGGCCAGGCCAGCUUCGGAGGUGCUGGCUAUGGGCUGGGUCUUGGGGGCAUUGGGUACAGGGUAGGGGGAGCCAGCAGUGGCUUUGGAUUUGGAGGUGGGAUGAUAUGUGGCGCUGGAGGCAUCCAGGAGGUCACUGCCAACCAAAGCCUCCUGACCCCUCUUCACCUGGAGAUCGAUCCGUCCCUCCAGCGGGUGCGGAUGGAGGAGAAAGAGCAGAUCAAGACCCUCAACAACAAGUUCGCCUCCUUCAUCGACAAGGUGCGGUUCCUGGAACAGCAGAACAAGGUCCUGGAGACCAAAUGGAGCCUGUUGCAGGAACAUAAGACCACCAGGGCCAACAUCGAGCCCAUGUUUGAAGCCUACAUCAGCAACCUGAGGCGGCAGCUGGACAGCCUGGGUGGAGAACGCUUGAGGCUGGAGACAGAGCUGAAGAGCAUGCAGGAUGUGGUGGAGGACUUCAAGAUCAAGUACGAAGAAGAAAUCAACAGGCGCACAGUGGUGGAGAAUGAGUUUGUGGUGCUCAAGAAGGACGUGGAUGCCGCCUACAUGAGCAAGGUGGAGCUGGAGGCCAAGGUGGAAGCCUUGAUGGAUGAGAUCAACUUUCUGAGGGUGUUCUAUGAUGCGGAGCUGGCUCAACUUCAGGCCCAGAUCUCUGAAACCAGUGUGGUCCUGUCCAUGGACAACAACCGCAAGCUGGACCUGGACAGCAUCAUCGCUGAGGUCAAGGCCCAGUACGAGGACAUCGCCAACCGCAGCCGGGCUGAGGCUGAGUCCUGGUACCAGAUCAAGUACGAGGAGCUGCAGCGGUCCGCCGGCCGGCACGGGGACGACCUCCGCUCCACCAAGAUGGAGAUCUCCGAGCUGAACCGGGUGAUGCAGAGGCUGCGCUCUGAGAUUGACAACGUGAAGAAGCAGUGUGCCGCGCUCCAGGCCUCCAUCGCCGAUGCGGAGCAGCGUGGGGAGCUGGCCCUCAAGGACGCCAAGCACAAGCUGGCCGAGCUGGAGGAGGCCCUGCAGAAGGCCAAGCAGGACAUGGCGCGGCAGCUGCGCGAGUACCAGGAGCUGAUGAACGUCAAGCUGGCUCUGGACAUCGAGAUUGCCACCUACCGCAAGCUGCUGGAGGGCGAGGAGUGCCGACUCACUGGAGAAGGUGUCGGAACCGUGAAUAUCUCCGUGGUCUCCUCCUCCGGGGGCUCAGGCUACAGCGGGGGUGGUGGCCUCUGCAUGACGGGGGGCAGCUAUGGCAGUGGCCUCAGCUACGGGGGCAGCGGCGCCAGCUUCAGCUCCACCAGCGGCCGCAGCAUGAGCGCCAGCAGCUCCAGCAUGCGCAUCAUCUCCAAGACCUCGUCCACCAAGAGUUACAGGAGCUAAAGGGCCCCCUGCCCCGCUGCCUGACCCCAAGACCCCCUGAUUCCCAGCCCUAAAGCCUGCUGCUUUGCUGACCACCCCCUGCACAGAAUCAACAGGAGGCACAGGGAGCGGGAAGUGGUCUGUGAGUUCCAAGGCCAUCUUGUCCAUCUCUCUGCCUCCAGACAAGUCCCCACAAAGGUACCUCACUCACUUUUCAGCCAAGAGCCCUCCAGGGUCCACAAGCAUCCAUUCCAACUGCCAUGUGCCCAAGACCGGGGCUGGGACAUUCUCUUCAGUAGCCUCCUACUGUCUGACCCAGAUCCCCUGCAACCACAGUCCUCCCUGGGGCUGCUUAUAACAGACCUUGGUGCCCCCAAAGAAGUUGAGUGCAGUCCGGGCCAGUGCUUUCCCGCCACACACAGAACAUCUGCCCUGCAGGAUCCCUCAGACCAGGAAAUGUUGCAAACCCUGCCCACAUAUUCCCUCCUCACCUCUGUCCUCCUUGUCCCCUCCAGGCACCCAGCCAUAUCCCCCAAUAACUCCCAUCAUCAGGAUAUUUGAAUGAGAAAUCAACAUCCUUCAAAAUAUUACCAGCUUGAUUAUUCAUAGUAGAUCAAAAUAAUGUUAUCAAGAACUCCAAAGUUCUCCGUGGCCCGGGGCUACAUUACGUGAGAGUUCAAAGUCAAAUUCCUUCCACAUCUGCCCCAUUUAAGCCAAUAUUAGAAUUUCUGUCCCACAGAGAAUGUCCUGGUGAUGAGGGGGAGGGAAGCAGGCUCACGUGAGGCUGCAGGAAACGCCUGCAACCAGCACAUCAGGGACCCAGUUAGCCUGUAUCAGAACUGCCCUGGGAAAUGGUCCUCCCCCGAAGAAGCCCCUGAGCUCAAGAGUUUUCUCUUUCCUUGGUGCUAGCCACAUCUCUCUUCUGGGAAGUUUUCUUUCCUUUCUAGCCAGCCCUUUUCACCUCCUCCCUCACCCUCAGUCCCCUUUCUGGUCAUCCUCUACAGCCCCGUGUGUCUCCUCUCUCAGUUGCCCUCCCUUCCUCUCCUCGCCCUUAUUUCUCUUUUCUUCCUCCCCUACUCAUCCAUUGGCAAUACAUUUCCUGCUCUCAAUCUCCCGACCUGUCUUCUUCUAUCUCCCUGUCUCUGUAAUGUCUAAGAUGUGGAUUUGCCUGUGCCCAGACCUGGCCAGAGGCAAAGCUCUUUAAGGCAGGCUGCCAGAUUCCCUGCCCACGGGGAGGGCGCAGGAUAGCAGACCGGGAAGAGAGAGGGAGUUCUUCCUUUGGUGUUUCUCCUUGCUCUGAGAGGGGCGUUGCUCGGCCCCUUGAAGAAGCAGAGGUGGGGUGGCGGUGGAAUAAGGAUGCGAGGAGGCACAGGGAUCUUUUUGAGUGGCCUUUAAGGGUGAUUUCCCCAUUGAGUCUGAAGAGUUGUAAGCCCUCAAGACACCUGCCAUGUACUCAAGACCAAAACACAUUUCAAAAGCAUACAGACAGGCUGCCAUGCUGCUGACCUGAAGACAGGAGAGUUCACGGUUUCAAAAAAAAAAGUCACUCCCGCUCAGUCAGUUCAAACCCGUCCGAACUGCCUGCUCCUUGUGCUUGCCCACUCCCUGAAAUCGCUUCAAUAAACUGUC